UGGAAGCACUCUGAACUCACCUGAUACGCUACCUGGCUGUGCUCUGCCUCAGAGUCUCAUUACCUUUCCAUUACCUGGAUCACUGGGCUUCAUUGUGUCUGAGGACUCCAACAGUCGAAGUGAUCCUCUGCACUAGGCUUUAUUCGUACACACAAAGACCAGCAACUAUGGCCGUUGCGAAUUUCCACUACCUGACUCGGAUGAGCAGUGGUUUCAAAGUUUACAUCUUGGAAGGUCAGCCCAAUCUCAGAAGCGAGGACCGGUUCAGACACAUGACCAAUGAGAGAGUCCGAGUGCCACCAGUGCACCCUAUCAAACGCAAGCACAGUUCCGACCGGGGCCUAACUCUGGAGGAAAGGAGAGAGAGAGCACUGAGAAGAAGCCUUUCCAAAGGGGCUCCGAGGCCUGCGGCUGGGUUCAGCGUCCCCCCAAGCCCCACAUCCCCCUGGAGCCCCCGAGUCAUGGAGCCCCUGCCCAGCCACCUCUACUCCACACCAUGCAUGGACGAGCCACUGGACCUCAUCAAGAAACCAAGGAAGGAGCCGGAGAGGACAGAGGAGAAGAGCAAGCCCGCUCCAGCCAAUCAGAUACAGAUCCGUCCUUCGGUCAUCACCUGUGUUCCCUCGGUGAGAAACACUGUCUGUCGACUUCCACUCCGCUCCUCCACAGUGGUGUCUCAGGCCAGCUCCGAUCGUGUGGUGGAUGAGCACUUCCAGAGGAGCCUGGGGCCCGAUUACCAGAGGGCUUCUUCCCUGGGCCCAGACUACCAGAGGGCUUCUUCCCUGGGCCCAGACUACCAGAGGGCUUCCUCCCUGGGCCCAGACUACCAGAGGGCUUCCUCCAGACAGAUCAGCAUCAGUGUCUCUGUAGACGACCACUUCGCCAAGGCCCUGGGGGAGAAAUGGCUCCAGAUCAAAUCCAAGUCUUCCUCGUGCUCCUCUUCCACAUCCUCCCCACCCAGCAGCCCCAGCGUGACUCACUCCCCCACUUACAGCCACAGCCCCAACCAAUCCCUCAAAGAGUCUCCGAGCUCCACGACUUCAACCUUCUGGUCUACCAAAUAAAGCGAGAACCGUUCCUCGCUUUUCCCGACAAGAACGAACACAGCAUUUCAAGGAGCGUCAAGAAUGAACACAUGCUUUUCCACACCAUGUUUGAGAGAGGAGGAGCUGAUUGAUGUACGACGCACUGUUUAGUAGAACCCUUCGAUACAUCACGACUUUCUGUUUCUGCGACAGUUUUGAGUCAAAAGGCAAAGUCUCACAUUGUUGUGAUGUUUUUAUUUCUCCUGAAUUCUGUGUGAUGUAAUUGCUUGUCAACAGAAUGUCUAUCUCUGACAUAGGAUGUGGGAAAUAUUUCCAAUGUUGUAUUUCACUAACUGUCUCCUUCAUUUCAUGUGGUGAAGAUACCACAAUUGUAAUUCCUAUUUAUAUUUCAACAUAUCUGGGUCCUUACUUUCAGUCUAAUUAAUCAUCUGCUGUAUAUACUCCUAACAACUUCAUCUUUUUAUUUGUAUUUUUUACAUGUGAUGCACAGUGACACUUAUGUAGCAGUACUGCCAGCUUAUAGCCCCCCCCACCAAGUUACGAUAAGUUAUUUAUUACUAGAUGUAACUCCAUAAUUGAUUAUACCAAUGCGCCCAAAAUGGAUACAACUCCACAAAAAAGCAUAUGUAUAACUUUAAAACUUGGGAAAUACAUUCAUUCAACAUAAAGUAUGUUUCAUCUGUC